UUCUGCCGAUGUCAGUCCAACGGAUGUUGCUGUUUUUCUGGUUUUGUUACAAGGAAAAAAUUAUGUGACGUGGAAAAUUGUUGCUGUGUAUGCAACGGACGUGCUCAUAAGCGAUGAUACGGACUAGAAUUCUGUAGAUGGACAAUUACCUAAAUGUUUUGUAAGCUGGACGUUGGAAAUUUCUGUAGAUUUGCUUGACAUAGAAACAAAAUAGAAGGGAAUGGAAUUAUAGUCUACGAAGUGAAAUUAUUCAUAUGUCAAUUCGUAUAGAAGGCCACGGAAUACUAGAAGUGCCUGAAGUUCCCGGUAGAGAGCUCAGUUUGUCGGAAGUUUUGUAGAAACAAAAUUCUCAUACAUGUAGCAGCAACUGCCGGAAGUAAAACUCUGUGGUAGCGCAUGCGGCCUUGAGAUUACUAAACCUGAGCCAUUUUCCAAGGAGUGAUUGUUUGCCUCUUUAAAUUAAAAGUAUUCUCUCAUUCAUGUCAGAGCCACAGUCAGCUCUUUUAUUACGGAAACAACUAGCAGAACUUAAUAAGAACCCUGUUGAAGGGUUUUCCGCUGGCCUGAUUGACGACAAUGACAUAUACAGAUGGGAAGUCCUCAUCAUUGGACCUCCAGACACCUUAUACGAAGGUGGUUUUUUCAAAGCACACCUUCAUUUCCCAAAGGAAUAUCCACUGCGGCCACCCCGUAUGAAAUUUAUCACAGAAAUAUGGCAUCCAAACAUCGAGAAGAACGGUGAUGUUUGUAUAUCAAUCUUACACGAGCCUGGUGACGAUAAGUGGGGUUACGAGAAAGCCUCGGAACGGUGGCUGCCCGUUCAUACAGUAGAAACAAUUCUAAUAUCAGUUAUAUCGAUGUUAGCCGAUCCCAACGAUGAAAGUCCAGCCAACGUGGAUGCUGCGAAAGAAUGGAGAGAAAACUACGCAGACUUUAAGAGAAAGGUUGCCAGGUGUGUACGAAGAAGUCAAGAAGAAUGUUUGUAGGGCAUUUUUAUUUCAUUUGGGGAGACUUGAGAAAGAGGUGUGUACUUGCAAGACAUAUCUGAUUAAUCAGAUACAUGCACACAAUUGCAAUGUACUGCUCUUGGACUGAGAAAUUAAAUUAACUUUGUUACCUUAAUUUGUGUGAGUGAUCUUUGUGGGCUUUCCAUGAAAUUGUUUUUUAUUUUUUUAGGGGACACCAUGAUGAGGGCUGGAUCUCUGUGGGCAAUGAGUGUGAUAAUUUAAACUUUUCAAUUGUGGAAUUGUGAAAAAUAGUGUGGCCAUCACCUGUUUUUGGGAACCGAAUAUGCACAUUAAUCAGCUCAGUGAGAAACUGAAUUACCAUUACUUCCAUGCUAGUGCUUGUGGGGGUGGGGAGUAGGUAGGAGAGGUGACGGAAAGUGUCACCUGUGCAGUCGCAGUCCUCCGUCGGCUGCAAGCUGUUUCCACCGCACCGACAGCACUGUGCAGGAGCCCUCGCUCCCGUCACCUGGUGUGCUCCGCAGGAAGACAUCGCCUGGGUCUCCCCGGUAUUGAGAGGAGAGAGAGGAAAACCUUUUGUGCCAGUGGCACCGUUUUGGUGUGGACAUCAGCCAGACAGUUGCCUUCUUAUUGUGUUUUUUUAAUCAAAGGGAAACGAAACUAUUUCUGGAAUGAUAGCCUGUGCAGGAAGUGUUUCAUUUGUGAUCUGGGUGACAGCAGGAAAAAAGAGUAUUUAGCUGCCUUCUCACCCCAGCCCCAUUUGCUCAUUAGGCUCAUACGAAAUGCAGGCCAUUACUGCUGACCAUGGAAACUCCACAUGCCCACUUUAAGUAUGAGGACAAUGUGAUGGGGGGAAAAGGAGUUAGCCUGUGCGCAUGUUGAGAGUUUGUUUUUACUAUAAUUUUUACAUUGAUUUUUCCUGCCUCAGAAUCAGAUUUUCCGUGACACGCUGUAUACUAGCUUUGUCUGACUUGUUUGGCACUGUGGCCUCUUGAGCACAACCUUGCUAGAGGUCUGUACAGAUAUUGUAUAUAAUAUACACAUGGUCCAAAUGUGUUUGACUGGCAUCUGUACUGUUAAACACUUCAUAAUGUUUCUCUUACCCUGUGCCCAUGCACAGUGUGCAGCGAAAGACUUUUCAGUGAGUGUGCUUUUUUUUAAGUUGAAUACUAAAAGAUAAAUAAAUGCAUCUAAAGUUUGAGUGUAAUUGAGAUUUCAUCUGAAGCAUACUAAUUUCAUUCUGUGACAAAUGGAGACACAGCUAUAAAGUUUGCAAUACACUUGUCCUGGAAAGCAAUGACUACUGUAUUCAGGGAUAAAAUUAGUGUACUGCAUGUACUCUUUACCCUCACAUUUUUCCUUUUUUAUGCUCAACAAAUUAGAUAACAUUAGCUUAAGUAAGCAUAAAAGACGAUGGUAAAAAUGGAGGUUGUACAUUUAGAUUUUGCAUUUGUCACUUUCAUACUUCUGAAUCUACAGUGUGGUCAUUUUUAAAUCUGUUUGAAAACAGUUUUGUAUGCUGUUGUUGCUGUGAUUCAUUAAGGCAAGACCAGUUUUGUUUGAACUGGUACAGCAACUUAUCUGCAUGUUUCCCCCAGUUGAAAAUUGUUAAUUUCAGCUUGUAAAUUUUUUUCAAGUAAUUGGUGUCUGAUAUAUUUUAACUGCCCCUGAAGUGUAACUUAGGGAUUUUUUUUUUUUUUUGUUUUAAGCCUAUUGCUCCAUUUUUCCAAUAAAACAUGCAAAACUGAAAGGCCAAA